AUGAAAGUGACACUACUAGUACAAACGAAGUUGUAUAUUGUUUGGUUUAACAUUGUAUAGACAUAUCAUUAGGUUUAAGAUAAUCUUUUAAUAUUUGUCGAACAGUGUUAUGGAUAUUAAUCAACAACUUUUAGAUUUAAGUAAAUGACGUGAAGACCAGUAAAGGUGGGAAAAUGACAGAGUCCAGAGAUCACAAUCAGUUGAAACUCAUCACAACUACGAGAGACAUUCAGGCUGCUGAUGUAGAUGUAACCCUCUCCUGUCACCUCUACCAUGAGACCAGUGCUGUUACCAAGACAAUCAGGUGGUUUAAGGAGACAGAGUGUAUUUACCUGUAUAAGAAUGGUCAGGUGGCAGAGAGGAGAGGCUAUGAGGGCAGAGUGAGCCUGAUCCUCCAGGAGAUGGAGAGCGGAAAUGUGUCUCUGAGGAUGAAGAACUUCCAGAUGUCAGAUACUGGGGUCUAUAUUUGUCAGGUCAUCCAUGGAGAACAGAAGGUUGAGACUGCACUGUGUUUAGGGGUCAGGGGAGAAAGCAGGUGGUUGGGGCCAUGUCCAAGCAAUUUGCUAGGUGAGACCCAGGAGAUGAAGUUGAAGAGGGAGGAAUCAGCUGGUGAACUUGCCCAACAUAUAUAUGAUGUGAAGACUGAGGUAGAAAGACUAAGAGAGACCUCAAUCCAGCUGACUGGCAGGUUAGAUGUGAGAGGAGAGACCUCAGACAGGAACACCAGCGUUACACACAGGAGGAGAAAGAGCAUGGACGAUCCCAUUUCUCUUAUGGGAGGAGAGAGCAGCAGUCCAGACUCCCCAGUGUCUCCCAGUGGGUCUGAGCUGAGACUGGUGCUGCUGGGGAGGACUGGUGCUGGGAGGAGGGCAGCAGGAAACACCAUCCUGGGCAGAGAGGAGUUUGGGGCCCAGGCCAGCCCCUCUGCAGUGACCCAGAGGAGUGUGAGGAGAGAGGGGGAGGUGUGUGGGAGACACCUGGUGCUGGUGGACACUCCAGACUGGUUCUGUCCUGGACUCUCUCUGGAGGACAUCAGACAGGAUGUGGGGCUCUGUGUCCGUCUGUCUGCCCCGGGACCCCACGCCUUCCUCCUGGUCAUACCAGUGGAGCCUUCCAAGGAGGAGGAGAGAGGGGUGCUGGAGAGAAUGGAGGAGAUGUUUGGGGAGGGGUGUUGGGGACACACUGUGAUUCUAUUCACCCAUGAUGACAGCCUGAAAGAGCAGAGCAUUGAGGAGUUUCUCCAAGCAGGGAGUCAGGACCUCCAGCAGUUUGUAGAGAAGUGUGGGAGCAGAUACCAUGUCCUCAACAUUAAGGACAGGACCCAUGACACUCAGGUCCCAGAGCUACUGGGGAAGAUAGAGGAGAUGGUGUCAGGAAACAGAGAGAGCUUCUACUCCAGUCAGACCUACCAGGAGGCAGAGACCCAGGUCAGAGAGAUGGAGAGAAAGAUCCAAACGAAGAUGGAGGAGAGGAAACAGAGGGAGGAGAGAGAGACAAGGGCGAGGUUUGAGAGGGAGCUACAAGAAUCUCUGAAGGAGAAAGAUGUAGUAAUACAGAACCUCAGUCGAGAAAUUACAAAACUGAAGGAACGAAUUAAUGAUCUAGAGAGACAACUGAAAGAAGAGAGGAAUGAGGAGAGGAAGAGAGAGCUAGAGAGAGAGAUAAAGAGAGAGUCUGAUAGGAGGAAGGAAUUGGAG